ACAUUGUGUGCACCUUGAAAGCGCGUAAUGCUUUACAGAACAUUUCCAUCUUAGCCACCUCGAAGAUACUUUAUGAAUCAUUUUAUUGGAAAUUGUGCAUAUAUAUUUGUACAGAAAUAAGUAUAAAAGAAUUAUUAGUAAGAUUUUUUUCAUUAAUUUUACAUAUCGUUUACUCUUUGUCUUAAUCAUCAUUUGAGUUGAAAGUUUUGUUUGCAAGAUAUCCGAGACGUAUUUCCUGAUCAGUCCUUGUCUCAUCUUUUGAUGCGAAUACAAUGUCCUGGGAGGUACCAUGACCAAUGUUUUCUUUCUACUAAAAGUUUCACUAAUGCAUUUCACAAGUUAACUAAUACUUGUUACAUUAUAAGAAUGGAUAGCCUUUUUACGCAAAAUAUAUGCGAUGAUUUAGAAGAUAUACCCCAAACAGAUCAACCUGUUUGGAUUCUUGGAAAGAAGUAUCAUGCUUUAACAGAAUUAGAAGCAAUACGUAAAGAUAUCUUAUCUAAGUUAUGGUUUAGUUACCGUAGAGGUUUUAUUCCCAUUGGUGGUUAUAAUUCCACAUUUACAACUGACAAAGGAUGGGGCUGCAUGUUAAGAUGUGGGCAAAUGGUUCUUGGUCAAGCUUUAGUCUUUUUACAUUUAGGCAGAGAUUGGCGUUGGACACCAGAAACAAAAAAUACAACGUACCUGGAAAUAUUGAAACGCUUUGAAGAUAAGAGAGCUGCUCCUUUCUCCAUUCAUCAAAUAGCAUUAAUGGGAGCAUCAGAAGGAAAAGAAGUCGGACAAUGGUUUGGUCCAAAUACCAUUGCACAAGUAUUAAAAAAAUUGGUUGUGUAUGAUGAAUGGAGCUCUAUUACAAUACAUGUAGCUUUGGAUAAUGCUUUAAUAGUUAAUGAUAUCUUAAGACAAUGUAGAGUUGAAGGAGGUACAACGGUUGAAGUAGAUGGUAAAGAACCAUUGAAAGCACCGAGCCAGUGGAAGCCUUUAUUAUUAUUAAUACCACUUCGUCUUGGUUUGAAUGAAAUUAAUCCUGUUUACCUCAAUGGACUUAAAACUUCAUUCAAGAUCCCACAAUCUCUAGGAGUAAUCGGUGGAAAACCAAAUCUUGCUUUGUAUUUUAUUGGCUGUGUUGGAGAUGAAGUGAUUUAUUUGGAUCCACAUACGACACAGCGUUCAGCUAGUGUCGAUAAUGAGAGAGAAAUAGAUCUCACAUAUCACUGCAAGUCUGCUAGUCGUAUUUCUAUUACAGACAUUGAUCCCUCUGUAGCACUUUGCUUUUUUUGCGCUACAGAAAAGGAUUUUAAAUCUAUGUGUAAAACUAUGCAAGAUGAAUUAUUAGAGCCUGAAAAACAACCAUUAUUCGAAUUAUCUUCAGAAAGACUAGUUAAUUGGUCACCUGCUGAAGAUGUUGUAUCUGAGGCGAUAGGAGCUACUAAUUUUUUAGAUUUUGAACAUAUAGAACGUCAGUAUGAUACAUCCGAUGAAGACUUUGAGUUACUUGGUUGACACUUAAUAUACGAAACAAGUAAUCGACUUAAAAGAUUUAACUUUUUUUCCUAUAAAAAAAUUUAUAUAUUAUUUUCUGUGUGGAUUUCAACAUAAGGGUUUACUAUUAUUUUAUUAUUAUUAUUUGAUUUAAAGGAUUUGAAACUAAAUAUGUCCUUCUAUUACAUGUGAAGACAAUUAUAAAAAAAUUUAAUCUUUACAAAUUUAAUAAUAUUUCUCAUAUAUAAAUAUGUCAUACAUGAAACAUAUAGAAGUGUAAACUACACACAGAAUGAAAAUGGAGAUACUAUAACUAUUCAAUCAUUAUAUUUACAUAAAUCUCUUUAUAGUGCAAAGUUAAAAUGUUGAAUUAUAUCUCUUACAAGAAAAUAAUAUAUUUGUCACACAGAUUCUUCAGAAACAUUAGCAAAACAUUUCUUAUCAGUUUUAUAUUUAAAUAAUAUUAUAGAACUGAUAUAUAUAUAUAUAUAUAUAUAUAUAUAUAUAUAUAUAUACACAUACACAGUAAAUCAAAUAUAAAUAUUGACUAAGAAAAUGCUUUUUAUAAGAAACUAAAUAAAAAACAAUUUAUCGUCUUAUUACUUGAUAAAUAUAAUUACACAAUUUAUACAAAUUGUGGUAUUUGUAAACUAUUCUUAAAAAGUAUAUUCUUGAAUAUCUUGAAAAAAAUGAAAAAGAAAAAAUAUACCACCAUGUUUUUCAAAAUACAAUGCAUUAUAUAGAAAAUAUAUAUUGAAUACAUAGUGAUAUUUUAUUCUGUUCAUUUUUAUUGGGUACAUUUUUAGGCACGACCAUCACACACACACACGCUGGCGUGACAUAUAUUGUUUUUCAAUAAAAUUAUAAAUAUUACAAGAAAAGCAAGCGAGAUAAAUGAAAUUAGAAUUUUUUUGCUUAUACAUUUUGAAAAAUAUAAUGUUUUAUAAAUAUCUUCAACACAGAGAAGGAUUCACAAUGUUCAACUAAAUUUGUAUAGAAUUUUCAAAUAUUAUCUCGCAUAAUUAAUUAUGUACAAUGUUUUCAUAUAUGUACGUAUAUUAUAAAGUAAAUUUUAUAUAUCGUCAUUUUUAUUAAUAUGUUAACAAAAUAAGUAUUAAGAUAUUAUAUUAUUAUUCUAUUGUUGAUAUUACAUUUCUUUAACACGUAAGUUUAAAUAAUUGCUUAUAUCAAAUCAUAUAUACAUACUUACAUGUAUGAAUCGCGCUGCUUAUACAUUUAGAAAAUUCAUCCGAUAUAUUUGAUAAAAAAAUAACUAUUCUUCUCAUUAAAAUUUUAUCAUAUAUUCUCAGAAAUUUAUUAAUUCGACAUAUAUUAUAUAACAAUUCUGAUAGACAAAAGUGAUAGUUCAACUUAAAAUGACAGAUAGAUGUUAAAGUUACUUUGAUACAUAGCGCGCAUAUUCGUAUUAAAAAUUUUUGCAUUUAAAAUAAAUACAAUGUAUGUGGCUUUCAUUAAAAAUAUUUGGAAGAAAUAUAUUUUGUCACGUGUUGUUAAAAA